AUGGCUAACGAUCGCGCAACGCCACUGCUGUGUAUUUGGCAUGCCAAAAAUUUAGGAUUGUACCUCUCAGCUGGCUACUCCACCACGGACGUCGACAUGCUUCGAAGUGAGGUUCCUCACGACGUUCUAGAGCGAGCUGGAUUUCUGUCAUCAAAGGCCGCCACAGAUAUCGCUAACCGACUGCAAGUUUCCUUCGAGAGGCUACUGCCGAAGAAUGCGUCGGCUUGUCAUUCCUUACUGAAGAAAUACCUCACCAAGGGCGUUGUAGAUCAACUUAAAGACAAGAAGACGAAGUUGGGAGGCACAAUUCUUUGCGUCAUUCAGCGCGGAGUUGCCAACCUCGGCUCUGGUAUUGGUAUCUAUACUCCGGAUACCGAAAAGUACACUGUGUUCAAGCCGCUCUUUGGUUCUGUAUGGGUAUUCUCUCCUGGAUAUCCAUUCAAUCUUUGUCUUAGUGAGGCAAUCUAUCUCGAAAUGGCAGCCAUAGUGAAGAAAAUGUUUGAGACCAUAACUGAUCCUGAAUUACAAGGUACACAUUAUCCUUUCGAUGGUGUGACGAAAGAAGUUCAAAACCAACUCAUCAAAGACCACUUCCUUUUCAAGGAAGGUAACAGAUUCCUUCAAGUUGCUAACGAUUACAAGUACUGGCCCAAAGGUGGUGGUAUCUUCGAUAACAAGAACAAGACGUUCUUAGCUUAG